GUCACGAUACAGUAUGUACAGUAAUACGUACAGUAGGACCUCAUUUUAAUAUGUCACUCACAACCGAUCGUGUCUUUCCGGGGUGUUGCCCAAAUAAAACACUGCCAAACCAAAUGACGGAAAUACUGGAACGUAGCUAGCGGUUGAGUUUUCUAGCUGAAGCAUCGCACCAUUGUAUGAGGUAGAUUGUUUUUCCAUCAUGAUACUAACUCCCGGUGGAUGUAGAACGGAAUAACAUCAAAGAAGACUAGCUCUUUGAUCGCUUUGUAGGGGAAAGAUGUCCAAUAUACUUGAUGCGGCGUCCAGAGUGAAAUGGGACCGGGCGACUGCAGCGAAGCGAGCUAUCUUUCUCGCGGCCGCUGCCUAUGGGGUGAAAACCCUGUACCCCAUCGUCUGCAGACAAUUCGUGAAACGGAAAGAAUGCAGGAAUAGAAGGGGGUCUAAAGGAGAGGAAAAUGGUUCGACGGUGAAAUCACAAACAGAUGCACCGAGUCAUAAAAAGUCACCUGGUGUAAACGCUGAAUUUUUUAAGCAGAUACUUGAACUCAUUAAAAUUCUAUUUCCAAAGCUUGUCUCCAAAGAGCUUGGAUUGCUGUCUCUGCAUUCGGUCGCGUUGAUAUCCCGGACGUUUCUGUCUAUCUAUGUCGCAGGCUUGGAUGGCAAGAUUGUGAAAACAAUCGUUGAGAAAGAACCACGAAGCUUCAUCAUCCAGCUGAUGAAAUGGCUCCUUAUUGCUAUCCCGGCCACAUUCGUGAACAGUGUUAUCCGCUACCUGGAAUGCAAGCUGGCUCUCGCCUUCCGCACACGGCUAGUGGACCAUGCCUACACCACCUAUUUCACAGACCAGACCUACUACAAAGUUAGCAACAUGGACGGGAGACUGACCAACCCGGACCAGUCUCUUACCGAGGACGUAAUGAUGUUUUCCCAAUCCGUGGCGCAUCUCUACUCUAACCUCACUAAGCCCAUCUUGGAUGUGACACUCACCUCCUACACCCUCAUCCAGACGGCCCGGUCCAGGGGGGCCAACGCCAGCGGGCCGACCCUGCUGGCUGGGUUGGUGGUGUUUUGCACGGCCAAGGUUCUGAGGGCCUGCUCGCCGAAAUUCGGAAAACUAGUAGCUGAAGAGGCCCACAGGAAAGGCCAUUUGCGCUAUGUGCAUUCCAGGAUCAUUGCCAAUGCAGAGGAGAUCGCCUUCUACAGGGGCCACAAGGUGGAGAUGCGUCAGCUGCAGAAGUGCUACCGGGCCCUGGCGGAGCAGAUGAACUUGAUCCUGUCCAAGCGUCUGUGGUACAUCAUGAUAGAGCAGUUCCUCAUGAAGUACGUGUGGAGUAGCUGUGGACUGGUCAUGGUGGCUGUGCCCAUCAUCACAGCUACUGGCUUCGCUGACAGCGAAACCGCCGACGGUCAGACUCAGGUGCUGGUGAGCGAGAGGACAGAGGCUUUCACCACCGCACGCAAUCUCCUGGCCUCUGGAGCUGACGCCAUCGAGAGAAUCAUGUCCUCCUACAAAGAGGUCACAGAGCUGGCAGGCUACACAACGCGCGUCUACAACAUGUUCCUGGUGUUUGGCGAGGUGCAGAGGGGCGUGUACAAGCGCUCGUCCACAUCUACCACGGGAACAGGAGAGAAGAAGAACGUGGCCAGGCCAGAGAUGCACAUCGAUGGGCCUUUGGAAAUCAAAGGAAGAGUCAUCGAUGUGGACAAUGGCAUUGUGUGUGAGAGUGUCCCUAUCAUCACUCCCAAUGGAGACAUAGUGGUCUCCAGUCUCAACUUCAAGGUGGAGGAAGGUAUGCACCUGUUGAUCACAGGUCCUAACGGCUGUGGGAAGAGUUCUCUGUUCAGGAUCCUCAGUGGGCUGUGGCCUGUCUAUGGGGGGCUGCUGCACAAACCCUCCCCACAACACAUGUUCUACAUACCACAAAGGCCGUACAUGUCCAUUGGAACCCUGAGAGACCAGGUGAUCUACCCAGACUCUCUAAAGGACAUGCAUGACCGAGGCUACAGAGACAAGGACCUAGAGGUCAUACUGGACAUCGUUAACCUCAACCAGAUAGUGACCCGCGAGGGCGGUUGGGAUGCAGAGAUGGACUGGAAGGAUGUGUUGUCUGGGGGAGAGAAACAGAGGAUGGGCAUGGCUCGCAUGUUCUACAACAGGCCAAAGUAUGCCCUGUUGGAUGAGUGCACCAGUGCUGUCAGCAUUGAUGUGGAGGGAAAAAUAUUCCAGGCUGCAAAGGAUGCUGGGAUAUCAUUACUGUCAAUCACCCACAGGCCUUCCCUCUGGAAGUACCACACCCACCUGUUACAGUUUGAUGGUGAGGGAGGAUGGAGGUUCGAGCAGCUGGACACCGCUACUCGUCUCUCCCUGACCGAGGAGAAACAGCGCCUCGAAUCCUCACUUGCAGGAAUACCCAAGAUGCAACACAGACUCAACGAACUCUGUAAGAUCCUGGGAGAGGACUCAGUCCUCAAAACAGCCGACGCAGCAAAGGACUGAAAGAAAAGGAAUGAAAGAAAGAGCGAGAUGGAUGUUCAGGAAAGUCAAAGUAUUAUUUUUCUUUGUUUCAACGCACACCGACCGCAUAUUCCCAUACGUGUCCAGUGUUGGGGUUGAAUUUGAAGAAUUCCUCAACAAUGUUGUUUUAUAGAUGUUUUCAUCGCUGGAAUAGUUGAGACUUAAAAUCUCUGACAAGCCGAGACUCACAUUUUAUUUGGUUGAACAAUGAAGUAAAAAUAUUGUUCAUUUUUAGCACUUUACUCAAGUUGAGGAAAUGUAAAUUGUUAUUGCCGUUGUAGUUAUCAAGUGAAGUAGUAGGCUUGUGUUUUUUUUGCGAGACGGUAUUUUUCCUUAUUUUAUUGUGUAGAUUUGUUUGUGUUAAUAAAAAAACUACUAUGUACAGGAAAAGGCUCAAAGCUUUCCAUAAAAAAAAAAAAUGCGUAGUUUUAUGAGACAAGUUUAAAAGAUUGACGUUUCGGCAUUUAAUCGCCUCCUACGUCAGUCUUUAAACUGGUCUAAUAAUACGUUGUUUUAAUUAUGGCGAUCGAGCGUUGCGCCUUUACCUGUCCAAUGAUGUCUACAAAUGUUUUUAUUUAACCUUGACUCACUUUGGUUGAGCACAUCUUUAUAUAAACAAAAUACUAGAAAGGUAAUUGGAUGAUAUCAAACAAUGAUCAUCCAAGUUUUUACAAUCAUAUGAAGUUAUUCAUUAAGGUUAGGCUAAUAAGCAUACAGUUUUAAAGGUAGCCCAGCUGGUCAAAUUUAAAGUAACAUAAAUGAGUGUCCCCUUGGCGCUGGGUUAUGUCAUAAGGACAUCUUCCUUAUUACAUUACUGGAUGUGUUUUUCACAGGUUUUCUCCCCAGAACUGCAGUAUAGUAAUAUAUUCAAAAUACCUCAGUAGCUUUCAAGUUAUCUGGCUCUGCAUUUUAAAUAACACCCUUCCCUAGACCUAUAUAGUGCACUACUUUGACCGCAGGCCUGAUUUGCCUUUGUUAGUGGCUAAGAGAUGGUUAUCUUAGGAGCUAUUAUUGGACAUUAGUGCAUAAGUGACAGCUGUUGGUCUGUUGCAAUAUGCUUCUGGUUAACUGAACAAAUACAAUGGAUUUCAAGGCAUCCUGUCUUGUCUCCAGUAGAGCACAGCAGGAAUUGGACUGGGCUCGCUCACACAAACGCACGCACAAGAACGCUAAUGCACACACACACACACACACACACACACACACAUCACCUAGCAAAGCCCUCCUCACUGUCACUAGGGUAAUAUCUGUGGAACAGGAUGUUUUGUGUUGUCUCGGUCUACAAUCUUCACCCCUAUAAGAAAUAAUGUCACAUCUUCAGCAAGAGGUUUACAUUGUGUUCUACGAUAACCGCUGUUGUUUUCCGUUGUGGUUCAGUACGGUUUACUUGGUUGCUGAGUACAAUUAACUGUUACCUUGUUAUAUCCACCCACACUAAAAUCAAUCUAGUUCAGCAAUUCAUAUUUGUUAUCAGCGACUUAUCUCAGACUAUAUACUGUGAACUUUGUUUCUUUUUUUGAUAAUGUCAUAAAAUGUAUUUUUAAUGUAUGCAUUUUAGAGUUUGAUAAUGCUGCCUCUGUUCAAACCUGUGUAUGUACAGUAAAUCUUCUGCUGAACAAAGCUGUCAGCUCUGCAGAGGUUACUAUAUGUCAAAUCCAAGACCAGUCCUUCUAGUACUGUAGCCUUAUAGCCUGGCUGUGUUAGUGCAUCACCUAUGCCAGGGUUCUCCAAUUGGCGGUCCGUGGACCGAAUUUGGCCUGCAGGUGAUUUUAUUUGGCCCCCCCAAGAGCAAAACAAAAAAGUGUAUUUUUAUUUUUAUUUUAUACAUGAAAGACUAAAAACACCAGCAAAUCAGCUCCUAGUGAUUUACAUUUUGGAAAUGUCAAAGUAUUCCCAAGCAUAAUAGAAUAUAUGUGAUCGAAUACAGAUGUAAGCAAGGUUUGAAAUUAUUACGUUAAAGUCAAAUAUUAUAUAUGUUUGGGCUUCUUGCCGUCAAUUUGCAGACUUCAAAUUAUUUGUAAUUAUUUUCGGCCUCCCUGACUAGCCGUUCAAGAAAAAAAUCAGUGACUGAAUCUAGUUAAUGAUUCCUGCCCUAUACUGUAUUUUCAAUCAGUAAUACCUACAAACACUGAGUAUACUGAUUGGGUGACACAUAGUAGUGCUUGGUUAUUUGUUUGGCUUAUACCCUGACUAACAACAUCAGUGUCACAGAAUGAAAUCAGUAACUGCAAUGGCAGAGUAUUUACACUUGUUGUACACAUACAAGUGCAACUACUAAAUUUUUACCACUAUCUCAGACUAAACUGUCUUAAAGAGAAGUGACAUGGAAAAUAAUGUAUGUAAGUUAUAAAUAUGUAAACUAUAUAUUGUAAUGUUAAUAUGGUACUUAUAUUUGCCUUUGCAUGGAAUGUGUGAGUGAUGCCUCAAUCACAUUAUAUUUGAACUGUCUCUUUCAAUCAUUGCUAAACAGAGAGCAUUGUGGGAGGAUAAAUAAAAUAAAUUGCACCAUGUAUAGUUAGUUGUUCAUGGAAGUAAAGUAUUGAACUUUUGUAAUAUACUUGGGUAUAACUACUGUUAUAAAUAAUAACCUACAUAUUCAGGCUUCUCCUAAUUCCUUGGGAUUCUAACUAAAUACUUUGUGUCUUGAAAUGGACACCUGACAUAGUGAAACCUGAUUUGACUGUACUGUUAAAAAAAAAAGAAAAAUCUGUGUUGCUCAGCCCUGUUGAUAGGAAGUAUCUAUAGUAUACUACUGGAUGAAACAGUGUCUUAAAGUGACUGAGAAUAGUAUGAAAUGAGUAGAAUCAAGAGGUGAUGCUUGAAACUAUACAUGAAAACAUGUAUACGUGACUGUGAGUUAGCUAUCUAACCAAUACUAUGGAUCAAACUCAAACAAAAUCAAAUAUACUUUUGAUAUUCUAUAAAAUUGCAACUGUUAAGUUAUGCCCACUCUAGUAUGUUCCCACAACACUUUUACUUACUAACAAUUCAUGGAUACAAUUCUUUUGUCAAUUUUUUAACAAGUGGAACAUCCGAAUGUAAUGUAUUUGACGUGUAUCAUAGCAUUUUACUUUGUCGUAGGCAAUUCAUUCAAUUUUGGCAACGGUGACAAUUUAAGUUUGAUUUGCAAAAUGGUUGUUAAUUUAAUGGAACCUCUUGUAACUAAUGCACGUGUUGUGUCAUUAUUUUCUUAAACUAAUUUAUGUUAUGUGAAUGGGGUCUGUAUUGUGCUAUAGGCCUAGUGACGCUGUUCAGUCAAGAAAGACAUGGGACUGACAGACAAUAAGAGGCGUUGUCUCCCCUCUUUUCUAGUCUCCUUUUGACAUUUUUAUGGUGAGAAAACAGACCAAAUGUUUUAAUUAAGCCCACCUGUUCUGGUACUGUUGUUCAUUCUGCAUGUGAGGAUGUGCACUGAGUGUUCAUUUACAUCAAUUCCGAAAAUGUAUUUUCCUGUAAAUAAAAUAAGACAACCACUAAGA